AUGACUUCUGUCACGGUGUCUACUCCGGUGAAGAGCCACCACGGUCUCUUCUCCACCAAGACGGCGGGAGGUCGUAUUCCUCUCAGCCCCUCGCCAAACCCCCGAGCAGGUGGCCAAGAGUCGCCCUUCACUCCUCCUCCUCGCCAGUCCGACUCGAGCCGUGGACAAACCAAGUCAGUAUACGGUGGAAACUUGUCCGCCCACUUUGCCAAGUCAUCAGUCUCUACAAAAUCCUCGGCUUCCACAAAGACCUCUGCGUCCGCCAAGUCUUCAGCACCCACCAAGUCCUCCGUUUCCACUAGGUCCUCUGUGUCCAAGGCAGCUCGCCCCACAUACCGUGAAUCACCCAAGUCGAACAUUGCUCGCACCCGCAAGUCCCCAAAGCACCUGGAGCUUGGAGUGUCUGACUGGACUUUGACCGGUACAAGCGCCACAUCAGCCAACACACCCUCUAAGGAGCGAGUGCGUAGAGAGACUGCUCCUCGCACCCGGUCCAGCAAAACCACCGUCCGCAUCUCCCACAAUGCAGGUGAUCGUUUCAUCCCAAACCGAUCUGCAAGCGAAGGUCUUGCCACAACUGGGGCUGCGAAGCCUGAAGAGGGACAACGCCCCAAGAGCGGUGGAAAUGGAAGUGAUGGCACCUCCGUCAUCGCUUCAGCAGCCAGUGCCAGUGCUUUUGACAUCGGUGCUCGCGGAUUCGAUGAUGACCUGGCUUCGGCUUUGGAGAACAUGGGCCUCGAAGACAACGAGCCCUCCACCUACACACGCCCAGCACCAGAGGCGACUGCUUAUAAGUCUUCCCUCGCUGAAGCCUGUGGGGUGAGCAUGAACACUCGCAUUCUUGCAUUCAAGCCUCCUCCUCCUGAGUCUUCCAAGCCCAUUGAUCUUCGUGCUCAGUACAACCGUCCCCUGCGUCCCGCCAAGUCUACAGCUGCUCAGUUCCGUCGCCGCGUACAAACUGCCCCAGAGCGUGUUUUGGAUGCUCCCGGUCUCUUGGAUGACUACUACCUGAACUUGCUCGAUUGGAGCUCGGGUAAUCAGGUUGCUAUUGGUCUUGAGCGGAAUGUCUAUGUUUGGUCUGCGGAAUCUGGAACAGUCAACUGCCUGUUGGAAACAUCUCCUGACACCUACGUCAGCAGCGUUAAGUGGAGUGGCGACGGUGCCUAUGUUGGAGUUGGCCUGGGUACUGGUGAAGUCCAGAUCUGGGAUGUCGAGGAGGGCUCCAAGCUGCGUAGCAUGUAUGGCCACGACUCCCGCGUCGGUGUCAUGGGCUGGAACAAGCACACUCUGUCUACUGGAGCUCGCAGCGGUCUCGUCUACAACCACGAUGUUCGCAUCGCCGACCACAAGAUCGCCGAGUUGGUCUCUCACACCUCCGAAGUUUGCGGUCUCGAAUGGCGCGCCGACGGGGCUCAAUUGGCCACAGGUGGAAACGACAACCUUGUCAACAUCUGGGAUGCCCGUUCUCUUACAGCCCCCAAGUUCACCAAGACCAACCACCGCGCCGCCGUCAAGGCUCUCAGCUGGUGCCCUUGGCAAUCCAACCUCCUCGCCACCGGUGGUGGUUCUUACGACCGUCACAUCCACUUCUGGAACACUACCACUGGUGCCCGCACCAACAGCAUUGACACUGGUUCUCAGGUCACCUCCCUGCGCUGGAGCAACCACUACCGCGAGAUUGUCAGCUCCAGUGGAUUCCCUGACAACUCUCUCAGCAUUUGGAGCUACCCUACCUUGGUCCGCAACGUGGAAAUCCCUGCUCACGAGACCCGUGUUCUUCACAGUGCGAUCAGCCCCGAUGGCCAGAUGCUUGCCACCACUGCUGCCGAUGAGAGCUUGAAGUUUUGGAAGAUCUUCGAGCGCAAGCCUGGCACCACUGCCUCCGCUUCUCGCGAGGGUGGUGUUGGCAGCAAGGCCCAGAUGACCAAGUCCAUGACCAUCCGUUAA